AUGCGACCGAUCCUCCGAUCGACGAGGUGGCGAGAAGAGAGACCGGCUGAAACAAGGAAGAAUCGCUCGUUGUUGGUGGUUGGUGCUGAGUGUGCUGGUGGUAACGACUUAGAUUCUAGCCGGGUCGUGGUGAUGCCCGACCGUACCGGCAGUAGCUGCAGUCCCAGCGACCUUCAGCAGCCGCGAUCACCACGACGACGCGGUGCUACUACGACGUCCGGCGUCCCGAAGGACGUCGACGCCGAUCAGGAACUGCUGUUCCAGCGGGAAGAACCGGCUUACGUGGUACUCGAUGUUCAGCCAAGGCCAGGCUGCGCCGCCGCCGCCGCCUCCUCUCACAGGGGUCAAAGGCCAGCCAGAAGACGAACAGGCGGAAAUGCGAUUAGGAUAUUCCUCCUCGCCGCUGUCGCUGCCUUCCUCGCUAUUGCUGUUUCUCCGGUGUCCGGCACGACAAACAAGAAAGAGGAAGCGACGGCGGCGGUGGCCAAUGUUGGCGUCACAGAAGAGACUUCCGGUGUCCUGGCCACGAGACCCAGAACUGGCAGCGAUCCUGGAGGAGGUAUAGACCUGUUGGCAGCGUUACAGCUGCACAAUACGACCCGACAGGGUGUUACACAGGUGCCAGGCCUAGUUAGGUUAAAGCCAGCCUAUUAUCUUCAGGGCGAGGAGAGGGAGCUGCGACUGAACGAGGCGAGCUUCGAACGAGCGGCCACGCUACUCCGGCGGGUUCCGGAAUUCACUAUAGCAGCCGCUUUGCGACAAGAGGAGGCCAAUUCCGGGACGAUCGUCGCCUUUUCACAUGGGAACAAUAGAUAUUUGGAGCUGCAGAGCAGCGGUCGUAAAGACGAGCUUCGACUUCAUUACGUGUCCCGUCGUGACGGGACUGUCCACGUGGAGGCGUUUCCUUUCCGACUGGCCGACGGUGCCUGGCACAGGGUCGCCCUAAGCGUAAGCGGCUCGCAGGUCGAGCUGCUCGUCGACUGUCAUCCCUUGUACAGGCGGUUGCUCAGGCCUGGACCACCUGACACCAAUUUCACUCUGCCUCAACUUCAGCUCUGGGUAGGACAGAGAAACGUCAGGCACUUUCUCUUCAAGGGUGCUUUACAGGAUGUGAAGUUGAUACCCGGCCCUCAUGGCUACCUUUCACAGUGUCCCCAACUCGAUUCGUCCUGUCCCACCUGCGGUCAAUUUUCUAUACUACAAAACACAGUCGAGCAGCUGAUGCAUAACCUCAACGAACUAUCACGUAGGCUAGCCGCUGCAGAGGGCAGAAUAAGCAAAGUGGAGGAGUGCGAGUGCCAAAAAGCGUGCAGGGCUAACGGCACGGUUCACGAGGACGGCGCCACUUGGGAGAAGGGCUGUCAACAGUGUUCAUGCGUCCACGGCGAAAUAGAAUGCCGGCCAACGCCCUGUGCUGCUGUCACUUGCAAGAAUCCCGUCAUUCCUCAAGGACAAUGUUGUCCGAUCUGUUUGAAACAAUGUUACUUGCAUGGCGUGAUUUACGAUCACGGCGAGAAAGUCUCGCCGAAACAGUGCGUCGAGUGCGACUGUUUCGACGGCAGUUUCACUUGCCAGAGAUUUGACACGGAAACCAGAUGUCCGCCAUUGCCUUGUCCUCCUAGCGAACAGAUCAGCGUAGCCGAGGAAUGCUGCAAAUUCUGUCCAGGGGUGGACUACUGCGCGAAGGGCCACAAGUGUCACGCUAAUGCAUCCUGCCUGAACCUGCAGACAACGUACGCCUGCCACUGCGAUAUCGGUUUCCAAGGGGACGGUCAUAACUGUCACGACAUAGACGAGUGUAAACAACAAGGUGGCUCGGAAGGUCAUCACUGCAACGCUAACACAAAAUGCGUGAACGUGAUCGGCUCGUACACGUGCGAGUGUCUUCCGGGCUACCAUAGAGUGGACAAAUUCAACUGCGCCGAACUCGACGAGUGUGCGACUGGCCACCACGCGUGCGACGAACACGCGACCUGUGUGAACACCGCGGGCAGUUACUAUUGCAUCUGCAAGGAUGGCUACACUGGCGAUGGCUACACCUGCAAACCCGUCUGCAAUCAGACCUGUCAGAACGGCGGCGAGUGCGUGGCGCCAGGAAGAUGUUCCUGUCGUCGCGGUUACAUAGGCAACAGUUGCGAGCUCGACCUGGAUGAAUGCGCCAGCGAUCUCCAUCGCUGUCACCAGUCGUCCACUUGUUUCAAUAUGCCUGGAUGGUAUUACUGCCGUUGCAAGCCCGGAUACAGGAGCGCCCUUCACGACAGCACCCAGGGCACGCAGUGUCUCGACAUCGACGAGUGCAACGAUCAGACGAUCGAGAGGAGACACACGUGUCACCCCAGCGCCAAGUGCGUCAACACCGAGGGUGGAUACGAGUGCAUGUGUCCGCCUCAGGAGGACAAUCACACCGCCGAGGAGUGUAGAUUGAGUUGUUGGUUCGAGAGUCGAGAGGUUAAGAAUGGAGAGACCUUGGCACCGGCUGGGAAUCCUUGCAGAAGAUGCACCUGCAAGGACGGAGUCAUCACAUGCAGGGACCCCAUCUGCGACUGCAGUGCCCCGGGGAGUCACAGGGACAAGUGCUGCCCGCAGUGCGAUCCGGCAGCCUCGUGCAGGCACCAGGAACUCCAUCACCUAGUCUUCAGGAGCGGUGAACGAUGGAUUUAUCAGUGUCAGACUUGCGAAUGCCUGUACGGUGAGAUAGACUGCUGGCAGAUGGAGUGUCCACCGGUGAGCUGUUCGAACCCCGUGACGGAGGACGGAGACUGUUGUCCGCGUUGCGAGGACGAUCCCUGUGCGAGAGAGCUACCAGGAAACGGUACCUCUCUCUCGUUGCUGACUCGACCAAGGCCUUGCAGUUACUCCGGCAUCAUCCACGACAGUGGCAGCUCCUGGCAGGAUCCCCAUGACAAGUGCACCACGUGCGAGUGCAAGGUGCCGUACUGCGCCCAAUUGGUGAGCAAUAGCGCGUGUUGUGUGCAUCGGACGGGCAGCUAUGCUGUAGCUACGAUUACGGCUGCGCUGGCGAUCUGGGCAGCAACGAGCAGCAACGUCCUCCAGUCGUUGUUCCUGAGCCUGACGUACGCGGCCUAUCGAGCGCUGCGGGGUCACCGAUGGCUGACGGUGCACCGGAAGCAGCUCUAUCAGCGGUUACCGCUUCCAGCACAGCUGGUGCAACGAUCACCAGCAGCUACCUCCUGUCACCCUCGUCUUCUUCCUCGUCCGUCGGAAGCGGGUCCAGCGUGGCCAGGAAAACCCACCGGAGCCUGCAGGACAGCCUGCCAAAGCAGCCGAUGCAACGACAGAGGGACGACCCUCGCGUCGGAACGCAACGGCAACAAGUCGUGCCUACAGACAGGUACCAGCUGCUCCCCGGAGCAGCGACGGCGUCGUCGUCGACGCACGAACGCGUUGCACCCACCUCCGGCCAAGUCUCAAGCGCCUACGCUCGCGCCGCGACGGCAGCGUCCCAAAGCGACCAACCUCACCAACCAUCGAGGCAACGCGUCCUACUUCUCCCCUCCCUCGUCCUCCUCGUCACCGUCGUCUUCGCCGCCUAUCACGAUGCUGGUGCCCUCCGAGGACACCGUCUCGUUCACCAGCACCACCAGCGACAGCGACGCCGACGGACGUCAGACAUCCACCGGCCGCCAUCGGAGAAGCGACGACGGCGACACCAUGGCGCGGGACAGCGCCACCUGA